UGACACAUCACAAUGACCUUUCUCUUUAAAGGAAGCAGGAUCAGUCUCUCAGAAAGACUCCUGCUCCCCUCCGCAAGUCCAUCAAAUAGACAUCAUGGAUAAUAAGGGUCUGGAACCUCCGGCGCCAAUGAUGAACGCACCAGUGCCGCCAUACCCAGGCCCCCCCGCAAACUACAAUGCUGGAGCCUAUAACGCUGGAGCCUACGCUGGAUAUCCUGCUCAGCCUGCUCAACAGCCCGCUUACACUUACAGUCCGCAACAACCCCAGAUCGUACACCCCGUGCCAACGGUAUUGGUUGUGCAGCACAUGCCAACUGAGGGUCCUGGACAGAUGACCUGUCCUCGCUGCCAAACCUCGGUUCUCACUAAAACCGAGUACAGGAGUGGUAUGCUCACUUGGCUGAUCUGUGGCAUACUUGGACUUUUCCUGUGCUGGCUUUGCUGUUGCAUUCCCUUCUGCGUGGAUUCUUGCAAAGAUGUGGUGCAUUCCUGCCCCAUAUGUGACACCGUGCUGCACGUCCAUAAACGCAGGUGAAUCUUCACCUUACUGUAACUUUAAUUGUAACAACAGAAGGAUGUAAGAGCAGUCGUGAUCAGACAUCAGGGCCACCAGCAUUAAUCCCUCCGUCGAUAUGUGUCGCUUUAAUUUAACGAAAGAGUUAUCAUUUCUUCUUUUCUUGUGAUUUAUUAAAAUGUACAGUCAUGUAAUGUGAGCGUGUAAAAAAUAUACUUAUGAUGAUCAUAUUUUGUGAUCUGAGAAAUGUCUCGAUAUAAUAUUCACCAAUGUUAAAUGCCAUUUUGUCUUUUUCCGAUAAGACAAAAUCAUCAGCCUGUUUGCACCUAAAUGUAUUAUAACGAUUUCAUUUUAAUGGCGUACUGAAUGUUUUAAUCAGAUUUGUGCCUGUUUGAUAUUUUAUAUAUAAAAAUAGAGACCAUGAAUAUAAAUAAAUAUUUGAGCAUAAGAAUAUCAAUAUUAUGAAGCAAUGAUAUAUUACAAUGAUUAAAAUGAAUAUAUGGACUAAUCACUGAAAUAUAAUAACUGCUUGGCAAUAAACUGAUUAUGAUAACUUUCA